AUGAGUAUGGUUCCUUUCACAAAUGUUGUAUACAUCGAACGCUCCGAUUUUCGCCUCAAGGAUUCAAAAGAUUAUUAUGGGCUUGCCCCUGGUAAAUCUGUUCUCCUCAGAUACACCUUCCCUAUAAAAUGCACAGAAGUUAUACAUGGGAAUAAUUCAGAUACUAUAGUUGAGAUCCGAGCUGAGUAUGAUCCUUCAAAGAAAACAAAACCGAAGGGUGUUGAUCAUUGGGUUGCUUAACCUUCUCCUGGGGUCGAUCCGCUCAAAGUCGAAGUAAAAUUAUUUGAGAAUUUAUUUAUUUCAGAGAAUCCUGCCGAACUGGAAGACUGGCUAUCUGAUUCGAAUCCCUGCUCUGAGGAUGUGAUACCAGAAGCAUAUGCAGUACCUUCACUUGCUAGUGCGUUUCAAUUCGAAAGGCUAGGCUACUUUGCUGUGGAUUCUGAUACGGCUCCAGGAAAUCUGGUUUUCAAUAGAACUGUUACCCUUCGCGAUUCCUAUUCCAAAGGUGGAAACAAAUAGGUUCAUGCGCCACUUGAGCAUUUCUUUUGUAACUACAUUUGUAACAUGAAAUGAAGGCAGCUCUGCUGAAAGCUUCAUAAAGUUGGCAUCAUAAUAUUCGUCAAAAAUAUAGAUGAACGUUUAGGAAUUUUGUCCUUUCUUCUUUUUUUUUCCCUUUUUCCUUUCCAACAUGAUGCCAAUAUUUGUAUUUUUGCCACUGUACUCAUUUUGGUGAAAUGAUGAACUAUCCACUGGUGGCC